UUCACAUUUUUGUACUCUACUUUAAAGCCCAAACCCUAAUUUUCCAAACACCUUGUACCUUACGUUAAGCCCUAAUCAUAUAUAAUCCAGAAAAGAAGAGGCUGGUGGACCGUGGUUUCGAAUACUGAAACAAUAGCAGCGGAGAUGAUGUCGGAUCUUCCAAGGGACAUGGAGGAGGAGGUGCUCUCUAAGCUUCCGAUGACAUCUCUGAGAAGAGUUCGAUUCACCUGCAAAAGGUGGAACAACACUUUAUCAAAGGAUCGGAGCUUUACAAAAAAGUACAGAGAUGAAGCAGCAAAGCGGAAGGAGUAUCAGGUGGUGAUGAUGCUCGAAUACAAGGUUUACUUGAUGAGCAUCAAUCUCUUCAAUCCAUCCCCAUCUAUAGAGCCUAUUGGUAAACUCGUUAGCCUAGACAACGCUGCUCAUGAUGGAGUCGACAUAAUUAAAAUCUUUCACUGCGAGGGUUUGUUGUUAUGCGUUACCAAAGACAGAACUAGGCUUGUUGUUUGGAACCCUUUUAGUGGACAAACAAGGUGGAUCCAACCCAGAGAUUCUUACCACAUAUAUGAUAGAUACGCCCUCGGAUACGAGAAUAAGAUCAAGUACUCCCAGCGUAGCCACAAAGUCUUGAGAUUUGUGUAUGGUUACUACGGGAAACCAAAGGGCCCCCCAGUAUGUGAGUGUGAAAUCUUUAGUUUAAACUCCAACUCUUGGAAGGUUGUUGAUUUCAAUCCAGACUGGCAUAUACAUCUUUUUUACAGUGGCUUGUCUCUCAAGGGCAAUACUUACUUGUUUGCUGAAGAGAAGCUUGCACUACAAGAAAGAACAGGAAGACUCUUUUUACUCUGUUUCAACUUUACAACAGAGAGUUUUGGACCGCGUCUGCGUCUGCCUUUCCGUGGUCGCUAUGGAGAUACAUUGUCUCUGUCUAGCGUUCGAGAAGAGCAGCUUGCUGUCUUGUUUCAGAAAAUUGGUGCAUACACCUUGAAGAUUUGGAUUAGUAGCAAGGUUGGUCCCAAUGCAGUGUCGUGGAACAAGGUGUUCCUAUCGGUUGAUAUGAAACCGUUAAUCGGUUCUCGGUUUCAGAAUUUUUCUGCAAGUUUCUUUGUUGAUGAGAAGAAGAAGGUCGUUGUUGUUAUUGAUAUUAGAGCUUAUAAUUCGACUUUUCGUAAUUUGGCUUACGUUAUUGGCGAAAAUGGAUACUUCAAAACUGUGGAUCUAGGAGAUUCUGCAAACAGUAAUUGCUGGUCGCCAAUUGUGUGCUCUUAUGUUCCAAGCUCGGUGAAAAUCUAGCAGGCUGCAGCACCAGGCAACAUCUUAUUAACUUGUUUUCGUCGUCUUUAGUUAUUAUUUUCUUUGCCAUUUGCGAUUGUUAAUUUGUAUCUUCCAACAUUUCUAUGAAACACUCUGAACUCUGCUCUCUGGACUCUUUUUAAUAGUUACCUGAUG